AUUUUCUAUGGGUGUUAUUUUACCAUUUGACGGAGAAGUCUCAAAAUGCAUAUUCAAUAAUCUACAUACUAGAAUAUUUCACGUUCUCUUUUACCCUUUUCUUAGAGCGUCGACAAUGAUACGAGUUUUUUUUUUUAAACUGACCUUUAUCCGAUUUUUAUUUUUUUAAUUUACUUUAAUUUACCAUUUUAUUGAUUUAGUAAAAAAAAUUACAAUGAGUUCACCCAAAAUUUCUCAGUAGGGCAUAUUGUGUCUUAUCUCCCUUUUGCACAGGUGUUCAAAACUAUAAACAAAAAUAAAUAAUAAAAAUACUUUUUCUACACCCUGUAUCUGCCAGCUUUAGUGUAUGUGGUGGUGUAUGCAUACAUAAUGAUUGUAUGCCUUAUAUAUAUUUAUAUACUGAUUAUAUAUUUUUACACAUACGUUCACAACCGGCAUUAGAGAGAGGUAGAAAAUACAAAAUAGUGUAUAAGUGUAAAAGAGAAAUAUUCACUGAGAAUGAGACAAAUAUAGGUACAUAAUAUUUAGUAAAUGAAACAAAAAUGAAGUACAAUCUAGUUAAAUAAAGUUAAUAAGCAUUCGUUUUGGUCAUCAAACCUCACUCUCUAUUUAUCCGUGAACAGUGUUAAGCUGUUGGUUUUUACUUAAAGUGUUGCGCUUAUCAGUGGUAAUCAUAAAUCUUUGUCAAAGUGUAUGAUUAAUUAGUUGUGAACAACAGAUUAUCAGAUUUGCUGAAAGUUGAGAAUUUACAACACAACAAGUCAUCAAGAUGCAGAGCAACAAUCAGGAGAAUGACAUCUCCAAAGUAAUGCCGUACUUUGUGCGUCCGGAUUUACCAUCUAAAUGCACAUGGUUGGCUGGAAAAGAAAGAGCUGAAUGUCCUCAUACGCAGUGGAAAUUAACUGAACGUCCUAAAGUUAUGCCAAACAUUUUACAUGCUAUUGGUCAUACACCUCUCGUUAAGUUGAAUCAUAUUCCGCAAGCUGAGGGCAUUGAAUGCGAUAUGUAUGCAAAAUGUGAAUUCCUGAAUCCUGGUGGUUCAGUAAAAGAUCGCAUUGGCUUUCGAAUGGUAGCUGAUGCCGAAGAGAAGGGAAUCCUAAAGCCCGGUUGUACGAUAAUUGAACCAACAUCGGGAAAUACUGGAAUUGGUCUGGCGAUGGCUUGUGCGGUAAAGGGCUACAAAUGCUUGAUUGUUAUGCCCGAGAAAAUGUCCAAUGAAAAAGUAGAUGCUCUGAAGGCUCUCGGUGCAAAGAUUAUUCGUACCCCAACUGAGGCGAGCUUUGAUUCACCGGAAGGACUUAUUGCUGUCGCGCAAAAGCUCCAAAAGGAAAUUCCGGAUUCAGUGAUCUUGGAUCAGUAUCGCAAUGCGAGCAAUCCAGUUAGCCACUAUGAUGGAACUGCUGCUGAAAUUCUUCAUCAACUAGGUGGGCAUGUGGAUAUGGUUAUCUGUGGUGCUGGAACAGGAGGAACAGUUAGUGGAAUAGGACGAAAAAUGAAAGAGGAAUGUCCUUCGUGUGUGGUGGUUGCAGCUGAUCCAGAAGGAUCUAUUCUAUCACUACCGGAUGAGCUAAAUAAGACCGAUGUGUCUUUCUACGAAGUUGAAGGAAUUGGCUAUGAUUUUAUCCCAACUGUUCUAGAUCGUUCAGUUGUGGAUUUAUGGGUAAAGUCCAACGAUAAGGAGGCCCUUCCUCUGGCACGAAGAUUAAUUAGCGAAGAAGGACUCUUGUGUGGCGGAUCAAGUGGUACAGCAAUGUCCGUUGCAUUGAAGGCAGCACGAAAGCUAAAGAAAGGUCAAAAAUGCGUUGUUAUCCUACCUGACGGAGUAAGAAACUACAUGACCAAAUUCAUCUCAGAUAAUUGGCUAGAAGCAAGGAAUUUGAAGGAAACCGAAAAUGUUCAUAAUCACUGGUGGUGGAAUAAGAAAGUAAACGAAUUGGAUUUAACAGAUUUAAUUAAAUUUGUUUCUACGGAUAAAAUUCAACAAGUGGUCAAUGUGCUGAAGAAGAACAAUUUUGAGUAUGCAGUGGUCGUUGAUGAGAAAACGGGCGCACUCAAAGGUGCUGUAACAUUGGGUGAAUUAAUGCUAAAAACUGGAACAUUCAACGUCCAGGCAGAUCAGGAAAUUGGAAAAGCUAUUUUCAAACAAUUUCGUAAAAUUAAAAAGGACACUCACCUGGGACUUGCUUCUAGAAUCCUCGAAAAGGAUCCUUUUGCGGUUAUUGUUGAAUAUCGUGACAACGUAGAAAUUCCCGCUGGAAUUGUUACACGCAUGGAUUGUCCUCAUGUGCAAACAAUAUGGGAUAUAGAUCCUAAUUUUGAAAGUCCGGAUACUGAAUCGAGAUUGUGGGAAAAUACUGAACCUCCAAGUAGACCAUUUAAACCCGAACUUAAAAAAAUCCACCCAAAUAUUCUUCAUGCUAUUGGAUUUACACCUGUUGUGAAACUCAAUAAAAUUCCUCAAUCGUUGGGAAUUAAAUGUGACAUGUAUGCAAAAUGUGAAUUUCUCAAUCCUGGUGGAUCUGUGAAGGAUCGCAUUGGCUACCGCAUGGUUUUAGAUGCCGAAGAGAAGGGUCUCAUUAAGGAGGGUUCAACGAUUAUUGAACCAACUUCUGGAAAUACCGGAAUUGGCGUUGCUCUUGCAUGUGCCGUAAAAGGCUAUAAAUGCAUAAUUGUCAUGGCGGAAAAGAAUUCAAAUGAAAAAGUUGACACACUGAAGAUCCUGGGAGCUGAAAUUAUUCGUACUCCCACGGAAGCGGGAUAUUUAUCACCACAGGGAAUUUUCGCGGUGUCUCAGGAUCUCCAGAAAAAAAUCCCAAAUUCCGUAAUUAUGGGACAAUAUUCGAAUCCAAGUAAUUGGUUGGCACACAAGGAGGGAACGGGAUCUGAAUUACUUUGGCAAUUUGAUAAUGAUAUCGAUAUGGUUGUGGCUGGUGCAGGAACCGGAGGAACGGUCACGGGUAUUGGGAAGGCAUUGAAGGAGAAUUGCCCAAAAUGCAAAAUAGUUUCAUUUGAUCCUGAAGGAUCAAUUUUAGCAAGACCAGAAUUGCUUAAUCAAAGCGAUACAACUUUCUUUGAAGUGGAAGGUAUAGGAUAUGACUUUAUUCCUACAGUACUCAAGCAUGAUUUUGUCGAUAAAUGGUACAAGAGUAACGACUCUGAUGCAUUCCCUAUGUCAAGACGCUUAAUUGCCGAAGAAGGUCUUCUUUGCGGGGGAAGUAGUGGAGCAGCAAUGAGUAUUGCUUUAAAAGCUGCCAAGGACCUGAAAGAGGGGCAGAAGUGCGUUGUAAUUCUUCCAGAUGGAAUAAGAAAUUACAUGACAAAGUUCGUUUCCGACAAUUGGAUGCAAGUGAGAGGAUUUCUUCCGCUAGAAAAUAAGUGUGAACUUUGGUGGUGGAACAACCAUGCAGAUCAAGUUCCAACUGCUGAUUUAAAUGCCGUCAAAUCUUCGCAAACUCUUCAAAAAGCAACUGCGACCCUCCUAAACUUGGGGGUUGAUCAGCUUCCCGUUGAAACAGAUGAAGGAUACCUCUUAGGAAUUGUAACAACGGAAAUGUUAACGACUAAACUAUGUGAAGGGUCAAACGAUGAUUUUCCUGUUGCGAAAGCUCUAUUGAAGACUUUCCGAAAAGUACAAGGUUCAACUAAUCUUGGCCUAAUAUCAUGCAUUCUACAAAAGGAGCCUUUCGUUGUUGUAACAGAAGAAGUUCCAGUUCCAUGCUCAAAACCAAGAGAAAAAAUACAAAAACUUAUAACUAGAUCUGAGUUCUUAAGUUAUAUAUCAAAUUCUGACAAUUCUAGAAAUAAAUUAUAAUGAUAUUGUGCUGAAAAUUUUAGUUAAAUGUGUGUAUUAAAAUAAAUUAUUGUUCUUUUAUAAACAGAAAUGAAAGAGAAUUUAAAAAUUUGUAUGAUUAACAUUAUGUUCCACCUAAAUAUAAUUUUAUUUGAAUGAUGUGAAACAUUCUACGUAUCAUAGUAUAUUAUAAGUGCUUUUUUGUAUUACAUUAUGAAUUUUAAUUAAUAAAUAAAAUCAGCAGUUGACAAAA